CUGAUGUUGAGCCCGUGGCUACACUACGAGCCGGUGCCAGACCCGCGCGUACCAGUUAAUUGUCGUUUACUCGCCCUGCGGCCGGGUCUCUCCCAGUCCACCUCCCGCCAGUGCUGCCCCCUUAGCACCAGGUAUUGUCAUUCGCUGCCUCCCUCCACUCCAUCCACUCGUCCACUUUCACGUUUGGCACUCUCGCUCUUCUCGGUUACUAGCAAGCAAGCAAUUCAAACUCCAUUCUUUAACCUCUUUCUUGUGAUUGUUGCUUGCUCCAUCCUUACUUUCUCUACUUUCUCCCUCUUCCUCAUUCUUUCAUUGUCCUAGCCGCUCAAUCCUUUUAUUCAUUCAAUCGUUUGGUGUUUUUCUAUUCCAUUCGCUCGUUACAUUACCACAUUCGCUACUCACCUCCUAUUUUUCCAAUCCGGCCAUCGACAACCCCUACGCUUGCGGGGAGAGUCGCCUGAAAUCGAAGGCCUCCACACGAACCGCCUUCUGUGACCGGCCGUUCUCCUUACCUCUUCGUGGACUGGUGCAUCGAUUGACCUCGCUUGUUUACAAGAAACCAAAGGACCCCUGCUGUAUUUGAACAAUAUACCCGGCGUACAAAACAAGAAUCCACAUGCUGGUCGCAAUGCAAAGUCAAGACGUGUUCGGAGGACUUGGAAAUCGUCUUGCAUCUGUAAAAUUGGGAACGGACAACACUGGCUUCAGCUAUGGCGCCUACAAUUCCAACAACGGAGUCUAUCAGGGGUUCGGCGACCGCAACAUGCGCAAGUCCAACAUUCCUUCAAUACCCACCGCACCCAAAGAACAACAACCAACAUAUAAUGCCAACGAACAGACGCCUGGUGCCGCGUUUGACAUGAACUUUACACCGUUAUUGCCUUCUCAACUUCUCCUGGGAAGCCCCUUUCAACCGGGCUCUCCAGGGGCGUUUGCUUCGCCUCAGUUUCCAAGCUUCAAUCGGGUGCCUCAAGGAACAAAUGCUCUCCAUCACCAAACGCAGCAGUAUCAGCAAAAUCAACAAGCCCAAGCUCAAAUGGCGAGUCCUGUCCCACACAACGCGAACCCAGCCUACCAACCUGUUAUGUCCCCCGAGGGUUUUGCAGCACAAUCUCCUACGGGCUUCUCUGGUCUCGGUGGCGCUGCGUUUGGCCACUAUCAGCCCAUGAUGGGGGUGAAUCAGACAUGGAUGAAUACAACUAGCCGUACGGUGUACUUGGGCAACAUUCCUGCCGAUACUUCUGCGGAAGAAAUCUUGGGCCAUGUUCGCAGCGGCCAGAUUGAAUCUGUGCGACUGCUGCCAGAAAAGAGUUGCGCCUUCAUUUCAUUUCUCGAUAGUAGCUCUGCCACCCACUUUCAUUCCGAUGCCAUUUUGAAAAAGCUUUCGAUCAAAGGUCACGAUAUCAAGAUUGGCUGGGGAAAGCCGUCUUCGGUGCCUACUUCUGUUGCUCUUGCAGUUCAGCAGUCUGGAGCAUCUAGGAAUGUCUACUUGGGCAACCUGCCGGAAGACAUCACGGAGCAAGAGAUUCGCGAGGAUCUAGGAAAAUUCGGUCCAAUCGACACGGUCAAGAUGGUGCGUGAGAAGGCCAUUGCGUUUGUCCAUUUCCUCUCCAUUGGGAAUGCUGUCAAGGCUGUGGCACAACUUCCACAAGAUCCCAAAUGGGGACCUCCACGCCGUGUAUAUUAUGGCAAAGACCGAUGUGCCUACGUGUCCAAGACCCAACAGCAGAAUGCCGCACAAUACUUGGGCAUUGCUCCGGGGUAUGCCCAUGUCCUCAAUGGUGCUGACCGGGACCUGAUUUCCAACGCCCUGGCACAGCAAUCCGUGGCCGCUGCUGCGGUUGCCACCACGGCAGGCGGGGUCAACAAUCUGGGGAACCGGACGGUCUACCUUGGAAACAUCCACCCCGAGACCACCAUUGAAGAAAUUUGCAAUGUGGUUCGAGGAGGUCUCCUUCACCACAUCCGGUACAUCCCAGACAAGCAUAUCUGUUUUGUGACGUUCAUCGACCCCACCUCUGCAGCAUCCUUUUAUGCCCUAAGCAAUCUCCAAGGUCUCAUGAUUCACAACCGACGCCUAAAAAUUGGCUGGGGCAAGCACUCGGGAGCCCUUCCGCCAGCCAUUGCUCUGGCCGUCAGUGGAGGGGCUUCACGAAAUGUGUACAUUGGCAACCUCGACGAGAGUUGGAGUGAGGAGCGUCUGCGACAGGACUUUUCCGAAUACGGCGAAAUCGAGCUGGUCAACACUCUUCGAGAGAAGAGCUGCGCCUUUGUCAAUUUUACCAACAUUGCCAACGCGAUCAAAGCCAUUGAGGCCGUGCGACAGAAGGAGGAAUACAAACGGUUCAAGAUCAAUUUUGGCAAGGAUCGAUGUGGCAAUCCACCACGUUUGAACAAUGUGAAUGGCAACCAUACUCGUCUGCAGGGCGCGGCAGACGGAGCCGGUUCUCCCGCCACGAUGAAUGGCUUUGAGAACCCCGUGUCCCAGCCGGGUGUCAGUCCAACAAGGUCUCAAAUCCCCGUCGGACCUAAAGCCUCGGUCGGCGGGCAGGCUUCAAGCAUCCCUCGUCAGCCUCCUACCAACAUGGCUGCCCCAACACCAUCGACGAUCUUGAAUGCUGGAAAUAACAAUCCCUUGACCAUGUAUUUGUCGCACGUGUCUCAACAACAGGCCCAAGCUGAGCAAGACAUGCGAGAGGAUGGACUGUCAUUCGCGUCACUCCAACAGCAGCAGAACCAGGCUUUGACCAACCAACAGGCAACGCUAUAUGGCGACAUGCCUAAUGGUCAUAGUGGCCUCGACACGACCACCACUUCGUCUCAUAUUCCUCGACAGAGCAGUAUCGGUGGUGGAUUUGGCGGCGCGAACUCGAUGAACAAUGGUGCUUCCACGACCAUUGGCGGCCUAUUAGCGCCCACCAACACUGGUUUGGGAGCCGCUCGCAGUGCUCAUUCACGCGCGGUAUCACUGCCAGCAUUUUCGCAGGAGAUCUUCGGCGGAUCAUCAACUACCCAACAAGGCCCUUCAUCGUCGCGCCCGUUCGGAGGACAUGCGCCUCAGGGUAGUUUUGGAGGCUUUGGAUCUGCGUUUGGCACUGGUUUCGGCACCAGCGGAUUCAAUGGACUCGGGUUGACCAGCGAUAGCCGCGGAGGCCUCUCCGGCUGGGCUGAGGAGGAGAUCGGAGCAAAAUAAGUGACACCUAAUCAACAUUUCCUUUUAUUUUCUGAGGUAUGGUUUUGCAUUUUCGAUUCUUUUACAGGGAAGACCUGGCCAUUUGGCGAUACUUUUGUUCUAAUACCAGUGUGUUUGAUGUGUUUGAUUUGCUUCUCAAGUGGGCGAGGUCCGCCGGCUGCAGCUCAGGACUGCCUAUUACUACUUGUGUUACUACUGAGCAUUGGAAAGGGAGAUAAUAGCCGGAGGACGUCCGGUCUCCCAGUCCAUGUGCCUUGAAAAAUGUACAUGUACAUAUAUCUAGUAUGUGGUCGCGCAUGGGAAGGAUGGCGGGAGAGAGAGGACGAGCAUGCCAUGAAGCAUCUGUGCGAUGAGUCUCAAGGUACAAGAAUAAUAAACCCUUGAUAUUUGUCUUCAGUCUCUCCAUGGGGCCGCCGGAGAAAGGUCCCAAAGGCACAAAUACUGUGACGCGACUGAUUAGAGAAAUCCACCUGGAGUACACCCUUGAAUUGCAGCAGGAAAUGGCGAAAAGGCAGCCAGACCCUACAAACGUCUUUCCCAGUGUGUUCCGCGUUCAGGAGUCGGACUCUGAAAGGGGUGGAUAAGCUAAACUGCUGACAGAAAUCACGGCCUGAGUUGCGUGCUUCGGCCUUUGCUUUUGCCUAGGGCUAGUAGUUGGCCGAAGCGGUAGGUACGGUUCUUUUACUCCCGAAAUGUGCCAGGUGUUUCGCGUGGACGCCAUGCCACAUAAGGCACUGGGUCAGCGGCGAGAGUGACAAGACAGACAAGGCCUUGCUUGUUUGGUACAAGUGAAUAGGGUCCAGAUUGAGGACGGCGCUGGGGCCGGGGAGGGCCAAGGUCAAGCACUGGCGCUGGCAGGGUCGGUGAGGGAAGAAGGAAGGCAGAGAAAAGAAGGGGUCUUGAGCAAGGAUCGAGGUACGGAUAACAAGAACCCCUGUCGAGAAUGGCAGUAAUUGAGUAGUCUCGUGGUGCAGUAGUGGUUGGAGAUAGAGAAGUUGCCCGACAUUCAGC